UGUUUUUAGGAACAGCCAAUCAUGGGGUUGUAUAGAAGAGAUUUGACACAGGGAGUUAUUUUACACUGGCCCAGGUUGAACCGGGCAAAUGCCGGUCACAUCAUCGGGCGAAAACAGUAAGUGACACCGCUCCGUUAUUUUGUCAACAAGGUAGUAUUGGUGCAUCGUCCAGAAACGCAUCUCUUUUCCAUAAAAUAAAUGUGUGCUUUUUCCAACUAGUUUUUAUUGUGAAGGCAGAUGUCACUUUUGCAAGGGAAAACAUAAUCAUACUAAUUAUUACACGUGCUUAAUAAUGACUUAACUUUUGUUUUGAGACCACUUCGCCGUCUGACAGAGCGGGGCACCUGGCUCACGUCCGGGAGGCAGCCCGGUUCCAAAUCGAAUGCAAUCAACUUUCAGCCGGUGCAAAACACGUCCAACGGGCGCACUGGCGAGAUUAAUCGAACCCCUCACUCUCCCCCGCGCUUUUAACAACAUGUUGUGAUGGUGGUAGGAUGUUAAGAUAGCUAAUCUUAUGAAGUAAGGGUGUCCCAUUUAACAGCUAUUUGUGUUACUUCUGAUAAUAUUCACAAUCUGAAUCAAAGCUAACAGUCUGGCAGUAUGUCCGGGGUGAUUCGGAGACUCGAUGAGACCGUUGUUAAUCGGAUUGCUGCUGGAGAAGUUAUCCAACGUCCUGCAAAUGCUAUCAAAGAAUUGCUUGAAAACUGUUUAGAUGCCAAGUCCACCAACAUACAGGUGACUGUGAAGGAGGGGGGUCUGAAACUUAUCCAGAUACAGGACAAUGGCACUGGCAUCAGGAAAGAAGAUAUGGAAAUAGUAUGUGAACGGUUUACAACAAGCAAGCUCCAGACUUUUGAGGACCUCAACGCCAUCUCAACCUAUGGUUUCCGAGGAGAGGCCCUUGCCAGUAUAAGCCAUGUUGCCCAUGUGACCAUAACAACCAAAACGGCCGACGCCAAGUGUGCUUACAGAGCCACCUACUGUGAUGGGAAACUAAAGACCCAACCCAAACCCUGCGCUGGAAACCAGGGGACACAGAUCACUGCGGAGGAUCUGUUCUAUAACGUGUCCACCAGGAGGAAAGCCCUGAAGAGCCCCAGUGAGGAGUACUCCAGGAUUGUGGAGGUGGUGAGCAGGUAUGCUAUACACAACUCUGGGAAAAGCUUUGCUGUCAAAAAGCAAGGCGAGACCAUGGCAGACGUCAGGACCCUACCCAACGCCUCCACACUGGAUAAUAUCCGUGUGGUGUUCGGCAAUACAGUCAGCAGGGAGCUGAUUGAAGUGGGCUGUGAGGAUCAGAAGCUUGCCUAUAAGCUGAAGGGCCACAUCUCUAACGCCAACUACUCAGUGAAGAAGUGCAUCCUCAUCCUCUUCAUCAAUCAUCGUCUGGUUGAAUCGAGUGCCUUAAAAAAAGCCAUUGAGACCGUUUAUGCUGCAUACCUUCCCAAGAACUCUCACCCAUUUCUAUAUCUCAGCCUGGAGAUUGCCCCUCAUAACAUCGAUGUGAACGUCCACCCUACCAAACACGAGGUGCACUUCCUCCAUGAAGACUGUAUCAUCGAGAGCGUUCAAAAACACAUAGAGAGCAAACUCCUGGGCUCCAACUCCUCGCGCACGUACUUCACACAGACAUUGCUACCUGGGCUGUCUGUCUCCACCAGCGAGGGGAAGUCUUCCUCCAACUCCACAGGGGACAGUGAGCGGGUCUACGCCCAUCAGAUGGUCAGGACCGACAGUAGAGCCCAAAAGCUGGACGCCUUUCUCCAGCCGGCAUCCAAGCUGGCCCCUACUCCCACCGCCAACCCUAAUGGGCAGAGCAGGGGGGAACCUGUGACCACCAAUGACAUGGAAGAGAUGGACAAUGCAGAGAUCCUGGAGGAACAGGCGCCAGGUGCCACAGAGGAUGAGGAGGGAACCAGCCUAAAUACUCCAGCUGAUCUCCCCAGGAAGCGUCCCCGUGCUGGUCAGGAUGAGGAGCAGGAGGACCUGACUGCUGCAGCCACAACCAGGAGACGAGCCAUCAAGCUGAGCAGUGUGAAGGAGCUGAGAGAUGACAUCGCUGAGCACGCACACAAAGGUCUUCAAGAGAUGCUUCAGAAUCACUCGUUUGUGGGCUGUGUCAACCCCCAGUGGACUCUGAUCCAGCACCAUACCAAACUGUACCUUCUCAACACCACCAAACUCAGCCAGGAGCUAUUCUACCAAAUUUUGAUCUACGACUUCGGUAACUUUGGCAUCUUGAGGUUAUCUGAGCCUGCACCACUCUAUGACCUGGCCAUGCUGGCUCUGGACUCCGAGGAGAGCGGCUGGUCGGAGGAGGACGGGCCCAAGGAGGGUCUGUCCCAAUACAUAGUCGACUUCUUGAAGAAGAAAUCUGAGAUGCUGGAGGACUACUUCUCCAUGGAGAUAGACCAGGAAGGAAAUCUCACCGGUUUGCCAUUGCUGCUUGACAAGUACACCCCUCCUAUGGAGGGUCUGCCCAUGUUCAUCCUACGUUUGGCUACUGAGGUGAACUGGGACAAUGAGAAGGACUGCUUCAGAGACUUCAGCAAGGAGUGCAGCCAGUUCUACUCUAUCAGGAAACAGUAUGUCCUGGAGCUAGAGCCGGGAGAGGAGGAGCAGGAUGCAGAGCUGAACUCGUGGCGUUGGAAGGUGGAGCAUCUCCUGUUUAAAGCCUUCCGGAGCCUCUUCAGUCCACCUAAACACUUCAGUGAGGAUGGCAGCGUACUCCAGAUUGCUAACCUACCAGACCUCUACAAAGUAUUUGAGCGAUGCUAAGACAUGAGAAACACUGUCCAUGGGCUGCAUGUCUGUUUCGGGAAACCAUUUGAUAUACAGUUGAAGUCGGAAGUUUACAUACACCUUAGCCAAAUUCAGUUUUUCAGUUCCUGAAGUUUAAUCCUAGUAAAAAUCCCUGUAUUAGGUCAGUUAGGAUCAACACUUUAUUUUAAGAAUGUGAAAUGUCAGAAUAAUAGUGUAGAGUGAUUUCAGCAUUUAUUUCUUUCAUCAUAUUCCCAGUGGGUCAGAAGUUUACAUAA